AUGGAUUUAUCGUUGGCCGGUGAGAAGAGAUUGAUUAAGCUCAAUGAACUUGAAGAGCUUAGAGAUGAUGCUUAUGAGAGCUCAAGAUUAUAUAAGGAGAAGACCAAAAAGUGGCAUGACCAACAUAUUCGAAACAAGAGCUUUAAUGUUGGAGACAAGGUUUUGCUUUUCAACUCAAGGCUUCGUUUGUUUCCAGGUAAACUCAAGUCCAAGUGGUCAGGUCCUUUUGUGAUAUCAAAGACUACUCCUUAUGGUUCUUUUGAGUUAGAUGCGGAUGGUAACCAGUUUAUGGUCAAUGGUCAUCGUUUGAAGCACUACUUUUGCAAGGAAGAAGUUGGUCGCAUUUAA